CUCGCAGCGUGAAACAAAACAUUCAAGUCUGAAAGAAACCGAACACACUGAGCUUGCUCUAUGAAUGAAACUCUGAUUUCACGCUGAGUGAAUAAAUAUUUGUGCCGACUAAUAGGUUGUGUGGAACAGAUUAACUUUGCAAGGCGGAAAAAUGACUUUGCUAGCAUUUAUAGUUGUGUGUUUGUGUGUGGCUAUUGGAGCUUCGGAAAAUAUUAACUAUAUCAUUCUUCCACCAAAUCCAUUACCACCCGAAGCACCCACGUGCACCUCCUACAGCGGCCUGUGCCACCUCGCAUACAACCUGACGGAUAACGGAAACAGCUACCAAGUGUACCACAGCGAGCAAGAGAUUUGCCGCUGCCCUGGUGGAAAGCAAUGUGAGACGGACUGGUCCAAAUCUUCUAGUUCCAUGACACGGACCUUCACAAAUGGAGGCCAAGAGGUGGAGGUGAAGAUCAGUUACUGCAAACUGCGUCAGCCGGACACCAUAUGCAGGAUCAACGAGCCUGCGCUCGUGACACGUGGUCGGGGCGCGUUCACGUUCGAAAUCGUGUCCGACUUCAGUUGUCGCUGUUACCGGCCCCUGUUCGCCCAUCGGUCAUGGCGGGAGGGAGACUACGACUACAUCGAGUACGCUUGUGGAAAGCCUCGGUGCGGAAUGAACCGCCUGCCGUCUUCGGAAUGUACUACAAUCACAUGGAACGGGGCGCCGGAUAUGCUGAACCACACGUACGUGUGCCGCUGUCGCCGCGGCGAGGAAUGCACUUCUGGCCUUCUGCCGACGGCCGAAAAAACGACCGUCGUCCGCAGCUGCGAGAGAGUGCCCACGUCUACCACCAUUGAACGCCGUCGACGGCGAAGUAUCCUGAGGAAACUUGGCAGUGGAGAUAAUGCGUACCCUUGAAUGUCCGCCGCUGACAACCGGGUUUGGAUUGUCUCCCAUUUCUGCUAACAAUUUUGAGCCGCUUUGGCGCGAUCUGACGGUGUACAAAGUUGUUAUGUCUAUAUAUGUAAUGAUGAGGCUCUUUCCGUAGAUGCAGUAGUGCGUUUUAUGUUAGGUAAAAUUAUUAGCUAUGUAUCGUGAGUUAGUGGCUUACAACAAACCUUAGACGUUGGAACCUUAACCUUUGAUGGAAAACGUUUUUCUUUUGAAGCGAAUUUGUACUUCACGUUACUUCCAACAUCGUAACCGUUCAAAUGAAGGCCAGUAAGAUCUUCUAAGAGACAAGUGUUGCAAGGGAGAUGGUAUGUGAUGUGAAGAUACUUUGCUACAUUGUUAACAUUUCGCUUGAAAAUAUACCCCCAUUUCGGUUGAUUAAAACUGUCCAGUAUUAUAUGCUUAAACUAUUGUUUUGUCAUUUUUGUAAAGUAUUAUUCUUAAUAUAUAUUCGUCGAA